GGCAGCGAGAGGAGCGGAGCCCGGAGAGAGGCAGCUGUAGGCGGACACAGCAGCCCGGAGGAGUCGGUGCUUCUGGAGGAAACUUUAGCAUCGAGCUGCUGCUUCUCUGGAUGGAAACUGGAUUAUUUAUCUGAGACUUUGAUUUUCUCUCACAUUCUGCCUUUUUAUUGGAGACUAACACUUAAAAAGUUGAGAGACGGAUGGAGGCUGCAGAUGAAGAUCUUCAUGUUCCUAUCUUCAUGUAAAGAUCACAUGGCAUCAUCUUGACUGGAACCAUCUGCCCUUCAGCGCUGAGGACGUCAAGUUAUUUGAUGUGUUACCGUGGAUACGCCCUUUAAAUUCCCCCUCAUCACUAUGGCAGCUGCUCCAGAUGCUCCCUGCCUGUCAGAGCUCGGCGGACUCCCUAACAGGAACAUUUGCCUCGUCUCCGGCGCCCGGUUCUCCAACCGGAGCGCUGUCAGGACCUCGCCCUACACGCCUCAAGCCACCGCCGCCUUCGCCAUCGCCAUCACCUCCAUGAUGCUCCUCACCAUCGUCGGUAACAUCCUGGUCAUCAUCGCCGUCCUGACGUCCCGCUCCCUGAAGGGGGCUCAAAACCUCUUCCUGGUGUCGCUGGCGGCCGCCGACAUUUUAGUUGCCACUCUCAUCAUUCCCUUCUCGUUGGCCAACGAGCUGCAGGGCUACUGGGCGUUCAGCUCCAUCUGGUGUGAGAUCUACCUGGCGCUGGACGUCCUCUUCUGCACCUCCUCUAUUGUCCACCUGUGUGCAAUAGCACUGGACCGCUACCUGUCCAUCUCCCGGCCCGUGUCCUACGGUGCCAAACGCACCCCGCUACGCAUCAAGGCGGCCAUUAUCGUCGUGUGGCUGAUCUCGGCGGUCAUCUCCUUCCCGCCACUUCUCACGCUGGACAAGAGUGAAGGAGGUGAAGAGGGUUGCGAGCUAAAUGACGAGCGCUGGUACAUCCUCUACUCCACCAUUGGCUCAUUCUUCGCCCCCUGUGUGAUCAUGAUUCUGGUGUACAUAAGGAUUUAUCAGAUCGCCAAGCAGCACACUCGCUGUCUGCCUGGACAGAAGCAUAAAGCAGCAGCAGCAGCAGGAGGAAACGCUGGUGAACCUGCCGCAAAGUUGUCUGAACAGUCACAACAGAAUGGGGAACAACGAAGCUCCAGCCAACGGGAGAAAGCCGACGCCGCGAUGUCCGGAACGGAUUCCAACCUGCCAUCACUUCAACAACCAACUGAGGACACAGCUGAGCACCAUCCUCCUCAUGACACAGUCCAACCAGUUCCCCAGAAACACCCAGACCAAGGCGGGGAAGCGCUCCCCGACAACACCUCCAGCUUUGGCUCCGAUGCCGAGCUGGAUAUCGGUGAGGAAGGUGUUCCGACAGGAGAAAAAGCAAACAAGCCGGAUAAACAAACAUUUGAAUCAUCCCAAAGCAAAAGCUUCAAAGUUCAGGCACUGAAACUGGCCUGCAGGUACAAAAACACCAUGGCAACAUCAUCUGGCACCAAACUGGUACCCGAGGAGAUGCCCAAGGUGCAGGGAACGCCCACAUCCCGCCGCAAGGCCAUGGUAAACCGGGAGAAAAGGUUUACAUUUGUCCUGGCCGUCGUGAUGGGAGUGUUUGUGAUCUGCUGGUUCCCCUUCUUCUUCUCUUACUCCCUCAUGGCGGUGUGCCCCAACACCUGCAGCAUCCCCAAGCCUUUGUUUAAAUUCUUCUUCUGGAUUGGCUACUGCAACUCGUGCCUCAACCCGGUCAUAUACACCAUCUUCAACAAGGACUUCAGGAGGGCCUUCAAGAGGAUACUGAGCAGGGACACAAAGGGUACGUUCUUCUAGAGUGGAAACUGUUAUGAUGUUUUGAACCACUGGUGGACAGAAAGGACCCUUGUUCUGUAUUUUUUUUUACAUUUAACUGUGAUUCAGUUUCUAUGGCAUCCACAUCAAGUCUUGGACAUGAGGGAGGAUCUUUUGUCCAUCUACUGUUAGCUGACAUGCAGGGAUUAAAACACCAUGAUCAUAUUAUCCACCACCAAACUAGUACCUGGGGAGAUCCCCAAGACUCAGUUGAGGCCCACAUCCUGUUGCAAGGCCAAUUGUGACCCAGGAGAAGGCCAUCAGAGUGGGAGUUUUUCCCAUUUUUUUCUGUAUUAUUAUCAGGUGGUGUUCACAGACACUUCCCAAAUUCCCCUUUCAGAUUCUUUUUCUGUAUCGACUACUGCAAUUUGCACCUCCAACCAGUCAGUUACAGCAUCAUCAAAAGGCUACUGAGCAGAGACCUGAAGGGUUUGUUGUUCUAGAGCCACCGAUGGAUAGGUGGACCUUUAUUGAAAAGGAUUUCUAUCCUUUUGUACUCUCUACAUUUGGCUUCCUGUGGCAUCGACAUCAAGUCUGGGACAUGAGGGAGGAUAUUGUAUCCAUCUACUGUUUGCAUCAAAACACCAUGGUGAUGUUCUCCGGCAUCAAACUAGUACCUGAGGAGAUCCAUGAGACUCGAGGGGUGCCCACAUCCUGUUGUAAGGCCAAAUGUGACUCAGGAGAAGGCCAUCAGGGUGGGAGUUUUCCCUUUCCUCUUCUGGUAUUCUUAUCAGGUGGUGUUCACAGACACUUUCCAAAUUCCCCUUUCAGAUGCUUCUUCUGGAUUGGUUAACACAAUUUGUGCCUCAACCAAGUCAGUUAUAGGAUUGUCAAAAGGAUCCUGAUUACGGACAUGAAGGGGUCAUUGUUCAAGAGCCACUGGUGGAGAGAUGGACCUUUUUCAGAAAGGAUUUCUAUCAGUCUGUACUCUACAUUUGACUUUCUGUGGCAUCGACAUCAAGUCUUGGACAUUAGGGAGGAUAUUGUGUCCAUCUACUGUUGGCAUCAAAACAUCAUGGUCAUGUUGUCCGGCAUCAAACUAGUACCUGAGAAGGUCCAUGAGACUCAAUGGAUGCCCACAUCCUGUUGCAAGGCCAAUAGUGACUCAGGAGCGGGCCAUCAGGGUGGGAGUUUUCCCUUUUUUCUGGUAUUAUCAGGUGGCAUUCCCAGACACUUUGCAAAUUCCCCUUUCAGAUUCUUCUUCUGGAUUGGCUACCGCAAUUUGUGCCUCAGUCCAGUCAUUUAUACCAUCUUCAGAAGGAAACUGAGCCACUUGAUCCACCAGUGGACAGAUUUACCUUUAUCAGAAACGAAUUCUGUCUUUCUCUACUUUUGAUCGGGAUUGUUUUUCUGUGGUGUUGACAUAAACUCUGGGACAUUAGGUAGGAAAUUUUGCUCAUUUUCAAUUGACGCCUGCAUCACUUUACGAGAUCGAUGGCGACUCAGGAGAAGAGGUUCACCUUCGUUCUGGUUGUCCUGGUGGGAUCUGUUCUUGUUCUGUUGAUUCUUCUUCUUUAACUCCCUUCAUGAGGUGUGCACCAACACUUCUCCAGCCCCGUUUUUAAGUUCUUUUUCUGGACCCGCCAGGUUAUUUACACCAUCUUCAUGAGGAUAAACAGGGACUCAAAGGGAACGUUCUUCUCGAGUGAAAACUGUUAUUGAAUUUUAAAACCGCCGGCGGACAGACGGACCUUUUUAUCGGAAAUGAUUUCCCUCUUUAUGUACACUCUACAUUUGCCCUGGAUUGGCUUUCUGUGGCAUCAACAUAAACUCCGAGACAUUAGGGAGGAAAUUGUGCCCAUUUUGUGCCGUUAGCUGAGUCAGAGCUGCACUGACAAAGAGAGAGAUUUCAGAGUCAAGUGGCUGCAUCAAUUAUCUUUAAUGUUGUUUAAGAAUACAGUGUAAUUAUAUAGAGGAAUGAUUUGAUUGUAUUUUGAAACAGAAGUCAGGAGGCUACAGGGUCUGUGUUCAGUAAUUUAAAGUACAGACAGGACUGUGUGUUUGUGUGUGUUGGCGUGAAUGCAUGGGAGUGGAGGAGAGUCGCCUCAGGGUUUUACUGGAAGAGAACAAAUAUCACUAAGUGUCCUUUAUCGGAGAUAAAAAUGGGCACCGAAGGAACACAAGAUCAGGAAAAAUGGGAGCGUGCUGGUCUCUGUUUCCUCUGUUUAUUUCCUCCAUGUAAAGCUGAGAUUUGUGCAUUAUACAUACGUUAGAGGUUUUCUGUCCUCGGCAUAUUCCCCAGUCUGAAUGUUAGACCUCUCUCUGGGAAUACCUCAUUAAGCCAUAGGGCUUAACAGGAAGCUGAGAAUCCACAGAGAUUGCAUGAAGGAUGGAAACUGUACAUGUGAAUGUGAUACUUGGAGGCAUCAUGGGCUGAGCUGUUCACUUUUACUCGCUGCCUUUAAUCUGUCCUCCUCUUUAAUGUGUUUGUUCUGCAUGUGUUCAUCGGUCGAUCACACAGGGUUUCUGCAGUGUUCGUCCAAUGAACUCCAAGACUUUCAAAGACCUUCAACUCACAGUGGCUUGAUAUACUUUUAUAGUAAUGCAAGAAUAGUACACUAAUUGUAUUCAACAAUAAUUCUUAGACUGGGCCUUUAGGGCAUCAGGACCUAAGAGGGCAGUGGAACGUGAAACACCCACAAGACCGGCAAAAAGUCGACAAUGAGACACAAAAACCAACCACUGCAAAGACACUCAAACUAUCACAGUUAUUGGCAAAACCACCAAGAUACUCAAAAUGGCCACAGAGACACGCAAAAAUAACCUAAAUACACUUAAAACUACUGCCAAGACACCAACCACAUAGACUGAAAGUAGCUAUAAAGAAGCAUAAACUACACAAAAUAGGCAUAAAACCACCACAAACCACCAUGAAGAGACAGAAAACCAACACAAAACACCUAAAGUGGCUACAGAGCCAUGUAAAACCACCUAAAAUGACAAUAACACACAAAACUACCUAAAAUAGACACAAAACCACCACAAUGAUAUUCAAACACCACACUGAUGUGUGAAAUUAGACCGAGGUUGCUCAAAACCACCACAAAGGAACUCAGAAACACCAGGAAGAGACACAAAAGCAACACAAAACACCGAAAUGGCUCCAACAACAUGUAAAACCACCUAAAGUAGACAGAAAACUACCAAAAAGAAACUCAAAAAUCACUACAAAGAGACACAAAACACCACAAGGGCGCACACAAAACCACUAUGAAGAGUCAGAAAACCAACACAAAACACCUAAAAUGACUACAGAGCCAUGUAAAACCACCUAAAGCAGGCAGAGCACCACAAAAUGACAAUAACACACAAAAAUACGUAAAAUAGACACCACCACAGAGACACUAAACAAUCACAAACGUGCACUAGGGUGCCACAGGCUAUAAUGGCCAAAAUUUUUUUCAAUAUUUUUCGGGUCCCACCCCCUAGUUUUUUUUCCUUUUAUGAAGCAAAGUAACUACGCAAAGUUUCAUAGAAAUAUAUGCAUAUUUUGUGGCAGCUCAAUUGGCUGGAAUAUUUUCAUAGAGUAAAUAUUCAGUGGUCGGUCAUUGCCUGCGUGUUUAACACUGUAUUAUAUAUUAAAAUAUAAUGUUAUUUAACUAUUUCUUUGUAUGGGCUGCGCAGUGGCCUAGUGGUUAGCACUUUCGCCUUGCAUCAAGAAGAUCCCCGGUUCAAAUCCCGGUCUGGGAUCUUUCUGCAUGGAGUUUGCAUGUUCUCCCUGUGCAUGCGUGGGUUUUCUCCGGGUACUCCGGCUUCCUCCCACAGUCCAAAAACAUGCUGAGGUUAAUUGGUUACUCUAAAUUGUUCGUAGGUGUGAAUGUGAGUGUGAUUGUGUGUCUGUGUAUGUAGACUGGUGACCUGUCCAGGGUGUCCCCUGCCUUCACCAGAGUCAGCUGGGAUAGACUCCAGCACCCCCCAUGACCCUAGUGAGGAUAAAGCGGUGUAUAGAGGAUUGAUGGAUGUUUCUUUGUAUUACAUAACUGAUUGUAUGCCAAUGUAUGGCUGAAUUUCUUCAGGCACAGAGAGGAAAAGGGAGACGUGGUAGCAUGGGUCCAGUUGACAUAGCACUAGCUCAGAAAGAAGAAAGAUGUAGAAAACGUCACUUGGUGGAAGAAACACGCAGGACAAAAGAGGCUGAACGGAUGCUGGAAGCAGCAGCUUAUGCAGAGUUCAGCAGUUGCAGUGAUGGUGAGAAGGAAGCCAGUUGUAAUGGUGAUGACUUCAGCCUGCAAAAGUACCAUAGUCAACCGAAGCGUCUGCAAGAAAGUCAUUCUCAAUCAAAUCAAAACCAUCAUAUUGUCACUCCAGAAUUAGCAGCAGCAUUAGACAGAACUAGUCAUUUUGGAGGUUUUCAGAAUAUUACACAUACUUUUGUAACUUUGGUAUGGUUGAGCUACCAGUAAAAUCAUUUUAAUACAUCCAAACUUUGGCAUUUUUUUUCAUUUCACAUUAUGAACACAUUUAGGGGGUGGGACAAUAAAAAUUAUAAAAUUAAUUUUUUUGUGGCACCCUAACGUACACAAAACCACCACAAAGAGAUACAAAACAAUCACACAAACUGUAAAAAUUACCAGGAGGACAUGCAAAACCAUGCAAAGUAGUCACAAAACCACCACAGAACACUGAAAAUGGCUCCAAAACCACCAAAAAGAGAACCAACAUGGAUUCAGAGAUGUCACAGCUUCACAACGAGAUUAAAAAAGGUGUUUUAGGUCUUUUAUUCUGGAGGUUCUACAGGAUGUUGGAGGUCUUUGUUUGGUUUAAUCUGACAGAAACCCUGUAGAUCCCCCAGUGACGGAUUGAUUAUUGAUUAUCUAUGGUUUAUUCUUGGCGUUUCUGGUUUAUUCGUGGUGUUUCUGGUUUAUUGUCGGUGUUUCUGGUUGUUUUCUUUGUUUCUCUGAGCUCCUGCUGAAGCAAUACAGGAACCCUAAAGUGAACUGAGUGAAGCCCUGAUGAAGACGCUCCUCCUCCUCCUCCUCCUCAGCCUGUAGGUGUUUGAGCUGCAUGUUUUUCAGAAAUGAACUAAACAUGUGUACCAUUAGACUGGGCUUUUGUACAGUAUUAAACCAGUAUCAGUGCUCGUUGUUCACAAAGUCCAACUGAAAUUAAACUAAAACACCCAAAAGAUCAUUUAUUCCCACCAGAAUCUGAUUUUUACAGCAGAAACAUGUCGAUAUUUGAUGAGAAAAUGAGGUAAAACUGAUGUUUUGUUGUUUUUUAAUUAGAUGAAUCUUAUACAGUAGAACAACAAAACAACAGAAACAUUUAUAAACUCAUAAUUUCACCAAAAAAGUCAUAAUAUUUCAUCGUUUUGUGUCUCUGUGGUUACUAUUUGCCUCCUUUAUGAGAAUUUCUUGACUCUUUUCUGGUCAUUUUUGCUUCCUUUAGUGCUAAUUCCAUCUUGCUGGCUGUUUUGGUCACUUUGUGAUCGUUUUGUGUUUGAUUUUAGUUGUUUUUGCAUCUCUUUGUGGUCAUUUCGUGUAUCUUCUUAGUCAUUUUUCUUCUGUUUCUUUCAUUUAGUGUCGUAGUUUGGUUGUUUUGUGGUCAUUUUGCUUCUUUUUGUGUUUGUUCUUGGUUGUUUUGUGUUUCUAUGUUGGUGUGGCUCCAUUUAAUCGUCCUUUUUAAAUAUAUUUUCAGGCAAAUUGUUGUCUCUCUGUGGUCUCGUUGCUUCUUGUCAGUUUUGAGUCUUUCUGUGCUCUUUAUUCUUCUUUUACUGUUAGUUUUUUUGUCCUGCUUCAGUUGUUCCUGUCUCUUUGUGGCAUUUUUUCUAUAUUUUUUGGUCAUUUUGUGUCUCUGUUGUUUGUAUUUUGUCUUAUUUUUGUCAUUUUGUGUCUCUUUGUGGUCACAAUGCAGUCAGUUUGUGUCUUAUUUUGGUUGUUUUGUGUCCAUUUAUGGUCAUUUUGCUUGGUUGUUUGACCAUUCUUUGUCUAUUUAAAGUUAUUUUUCUUUAUUUUCUGUUAGUUUUUUGUAUUAUUUAAACUAUUUUUGCAUGUCUUUGGUCAUUGUUCUUCAUUUAUUAGUCAUUUUGUGUCUCUUUGUGGUCAUUUUGCUUCUUUUUGUGUUUGUUCUUGGUUGUUUUGCAUCUCUAUAUUGGUGAUACGCCAUUUAAUCAUUCUUUUUUAAUCUAUUUUCAGGAAAAUUGUCUCUCUGUGGUCACGUUGCCUCUUUUUUGUCUUUUUUUUUUUGCUGUUUGUUUCUGGUAAUUUUGAGUCUUUUUGUUGUAAUCUUUUUUCUUUAAUCUUAGUUUUUUGCCUUCCUUUAGUCGUUUUCCAUGUCCUUGUGGUCGUUUUUCUACAUUUUUUCGGUCAUUAUGUGUCUCUGUUGUUUGUAUUUUGUCUUAUUUUUGUCAUUUUGUGUCUUUUUGUGGUGAUUUUUCUGGUUUAUUUGAUCAUUCUGAGUCUCUAUAUAGUCAUUUUUCUUCAUUUUCUGUUAGGUUUAUGUGUUUUUUGAGUCAUUUUGCAUCCUUUUUGUCAUUAUUAUUCAUUAUUUGGUCAUUUUAUGUGGUUUUGGGGUCGUUUAGCUUCUUCUCGUGUUUCUUUUGUUUCUUAUCUUAUUUAUUUCCAUCUCUUUGUUUUGCUCUUUUCAUCAUUUUGUGCCUCUUUGUGGUUGUUCUUCUCCACAACUGAACCAGAUUUCAGGUUGCUCCGUAAGAGUACUGAGAUUUGAAUGUAGUCAGAUUUAAUUAAAAAAUACCAGUGUGGUUGAAAGACUGAUUUAAAUUAUUAACUAAUAACAGGCUGUCCUCACAGCAGGGGAACCAGAAGUUAGAGACUAAUCUGAGUGAAGGAAUGAGUGUGAUUUCAGUUGGACUUUAGCUCUCGGUGUGCAUCUUCUCUCUGUGCUGUGGUGUUCUGCUUCAAGGGAGAAUAAAGGACUCGCUGAGACUCUGA